UGGCCAUGAGCUCUCCUGGUAUACCUUUGAGAACAUCAGAGGAUGCCGAUACAGUUUUUAACAGCAGUGUCUUUCCCAUGUCUACUGCAGAUGGGGAUAAAAUAUCAGGUGUGCCACUGGUUUCAGACCUCGAACUGAAUGACAGAAGACAUUCGGAAGGAGAUGGUCCUUUACGAGCAGCCAGUAGCACUUCGAAACAGGACUGCAGAGGCACCACUGUAGAUGACCUGCCAGAUGAACUGAUGCUGGAGAUUUUCUCAUAUGUGAGCUUCAGUGAAAACAUUAAAGUUUUACAGAACGUGUGUACUCGCUGGAGAAUUCUGGCCCAGGACGCUCAUUUGUGGUUUCACGAGAAGUACAUUGUUAGACAGGAAACGAGUGAAGAGGAGGCUAUUGCGACAUUUGCUGCUGCACCACAGCUGCGAUCUGUGAUUCUGGACAAAGAAGUCUCACCCAGGGUCUUUGAGGCUCUAUCCAGAAGCUGCCCACACCUGACCACUUUGGAGAUGAAUCUUUUUCAGAUGCUGACUUGCUCGAGAGAUCCGCACAUUGUCCAUUUCCGUGAGGGGCUCCAGGCGAACAUGAGGUUGUUGGACGCCGUGGCACGGCUGGCACACCUGCGAGUGCUGCACAUACAGCAUGUUGAAAUUGCAGACGAGGUGAUUCCGCUGCGCAUUUUAGCUGAGGGCUGCCCACAUAUAUGUGAUUCGCGCCUCAGUGGCAGUUGUGGCCUAUGCUACCGGAUUCAAGAUGCCGAGUACUUCAUCAGUUCCCAUAAAUGUGUGGUCAAGCGCCUGCGUACCAGGUUGACAUCAGUUGAGGGCAGGAAUAGACGAUUGCAGAAACUACAGCAGCUUCAGCUGAGUUACAUUGUGGAGGAGAAGAUGGUGUGUGCUGUGGCAGAGCACUGCCCUGAUCUGCAAGAACUUGAACUGCUCAGAUGCGAGGGACACACGGACGCUCUUUUUGAGCCACUCCACCAACUCAAAAAGCUGGAAACAGAGCUGGAGAUAGACUACUGUGAUGGAGACCAAGACGUGCUGGACAGAAUUAGUGCCCAGAUGCCAGACCUGAGGGUGAAGGGCACCCUCUGGGCACCCAUCACAGAUGAUAGUUACGAAGAGGGUGACUACGUCACAGAUGAUAGUUACGAAGAGGGUGACUACGAGUGACACCAUUUCCAGCGUCUGCGCUCACUCGGCACCUGGAGCUGGGGAGCUGUGGGACUGGCACACUGCUGGAAGCUGCACUGGUGUUCCAAAGACCCUGACUACAAAACUCAGCCUGUGCUCCAUUUUUUAGUGUUGUCAGCUUCAGCAGGGUAUUGGAUGCCUGAAAUAAGGAAUGGGAAAGGGGAACAAAAGACAAUAUAACAAUGGUGAAGACUUUAGUAACUGUAGAUGUGUCAAGUGCCUCGGUUUUGUUUUAAGUUAUUCUAUUUACUUAUCAAUGACUUGAGUGACUCUGUGUUAUUGGAAAUUCUACCGGCACAAAUAAAAAUUAGUUUUUGGAGUAUUAUGAGUGGCAGCCAAUCCUUUUAAUACUGUGUGGCUGAAAAAUUUCCCUACAUAAUUCUAGGUUCGAGUUUUUGAUUAUGUAGUGAUGUCUGCCUACAUUCACUAAAUGUUGUGAUGAUUCCACUAAAAGGAAACUUGUGAUUUUUUUUAUUAUUUAAAAGACAAAUAAUUGUUUUCUUCCUUAAGGAUUUUGUUGUGAGGUGACAUUAUUCAAAGCAACAAAGAAAAUAUAUUUGAAUUUAAACGUAACAACAGUUGCCAAGGAUGUACAGGUAUGUGUUUGUGGUAUGAUUUGGUAGAGGGAAAGGGUUGGCACUCUUAGGCUGUGAGUGAAGGACCUCAAAGGAUUAACUGUCUUCAGAGUCCCGUCUUGCCAUAUAAACUGUGAUUUUUCCUAAAUUGUAAAAUCCUGUAGUUUCUGGAAAAGAUUCCUACAAGAGUGCCUCGGUUUUUAUUUUAUUUAUUUAUUUUUUAAAUGGCUGUAGGUGAUGUAUUUCUCCAUCUCUAAUAGUUUUGCCCUCCUUAUCAUGAUGAACUGCAAUGAGUGUUUCUUCAGGUUUCCAGAAUAUUACCCAUUGAGAUAAAAAUUUCCAAUCUCUUUCCAGCCUCCAUUGCCAGUUCAGACUUUCUGUGACAACUAUAUUUUGCCUUCUUACUUCAGUUACCAUUGUCUGGUUUUACACAGCUCUCCAACCUAGUCUGUCCUCUGCUUUUCUCUUCAUAACUGUAUAACUUGUGUGCCCUACAUCCCCUUGAAGCUGUUAAUUGUAGUCAAGCUUUGUUUUUCUUCAAAAUAUUAAUACAU